UUCGUCAAAGAACUUGAUGCCUUGAUGCAGCCCAUUUUAUUCUUGCAGUUUGCAGCUAGUGUCGGCUGUUACGGCACAGGAGUAGUGUAUAUUGUUGCGGCUCCUCCAGAAACAGCCAUUUUGGCAGGAAUCAUGAUAGCUGCUUUGCUUCAACUGGGAAUGAUCUGUUACUUUGGCGACAACGUUAAGGAACAGGCUCAUGGUCCACAAGUAAAGUUAUAA